AGUCGUGUACGGCGUGUUGGGAGCGUGAGUAGCGCGCUGCGCGCUGAAAAAGUAAUAACAAGUAAAAGUUUUAUAUUAUAGAUUUUCCAUUUACCCUUGUGAGUUUUAUGCUUAAUGUGGACUUCGAAAAAACCGGUUCUGAAUGUUCUGAUGAUUAUAGAUUCACCGUACGAAAAUAAACUACUGGUACUUUGCGUCAAACGUAUAAUAUAUAAAAGUUUCCGAACGUAUUAAGGGCGUGCAUGUGACAUUGACAUUUUGAAGUUAGGUUAUAAUAUAAUAAGUAUUGUUUGCUUCAUAGAAAACAAUAUCAUAUUCUAGAAAGGCUUUUUCGUUUUUAUUGUUACUAAGUCUACCAAUAUCUUAAACUAUGUUCGACGAGGAAAAAGAGAUUAUAAGUAAUGCUCAGAGUCGCAUUUUAGACUUAUUUGCCGAGCUAGAUGACAAAGAAUUAAAGAGUGUGGAACAGUGGUUAGGUAGUAAAAAGUAUAGAAAAGAUUUAGAAAAUAAGAAAUCAAUCGUAAGGUCUGAUAAGUUACUGCAAAAGAUAGGAGAGACAAUAAAGAAAUUGGUACCAUUUGAAGCAGAGUUGCCAUCAGAAAACAUAAUGUUGCCAACUGUUGGAGAUCAAGCAGAUUGCAACCAAGUGAAUACUUGGCAUGUGGAUGAGUUCCUAUAUGAUGAAGAACAAGUUGAAGAACUUGUUAAAGAGGGAAAGUUAUCUAGACAUUACUGCCUCAACUGCAAUUCACGAAAUAUUAAAGAGCUAAAUCUUGUUUCACACUCUAUGUCAAGAAUACAACUCCAGUAUAUAUUUAAAGUUCUGCUUCCAAAGGACCUGGAGGAUAAACAGAUAUUGGAUGUGGGUUCCAGAUUUGGUGGAAUUUUGUAUUCCGCAUAUUAUUUUACAAAUGCAUCUAACAUUAUCGGUAUAGAAAUGAAUAAAGAAUGUUGUGAAAUACAAGAAAAGAUAAUAGAACAAUUUGGAAUGGAUAAAAACCGAAUAACAAUUGUCCACUCUGAUGUAACUGAUAAAGAAGACUUAGUCAAGAAAUCUAAUAUUUGCAUAAUGAAUUGUUUUGAUUUUUUUGUGCCUGUAAAGGAACACAAAAAAUUGUGGUACUUUUUCAAGGAGAAUUUGACUAAGGGAAGUUAUGUCGUUUUGAACAGAAGUAUUGCAGAUACAUUAACUGCAUUAGACAUAUUUGAAGAAUUUAUAGAUUGGCUAAGUAUUUGUAGACCAUUUCAACUAGAAAACGAGAUUUUCUUUGAUGUGGAAGAUUUACAUGAGAUAUUUCUGUACACUGUUAAUUAAAUUGAAUAAAUUAAGAAUUCGCUUUUUAUAUUUAUUUCCUUGCCAUGUCAGCUAGGGGCACUUACGAGUACACUGUUACAUGAUAACCCAAGUAUAAAUAUCUUUAGUGGGUUCUUAAUGGACUUUUAAGUAAAAGGUUAUAUAAAUAUUUUUUUUUCCAAGUUUUAAGAUGAGCAUGAGCAUUUAGGAGACUCAAAACGAAAUAGGAUUGGCGAGACGUUUCUUGCUGUGCUGCUCAACUUGGUUGCUAAGAACUUCCUUAAAUAAUUACUUGAUGUUCUACUUCUAUAAAACCGUACAUAAUUCACAAUCCAGCAUGGAGUCCAUACGCAUUGUUUAAUACUUAAGUAAAAAAUGGAUUACGUCAUAGAGCUGUGUUUGAUUUUGGUUCCGCAUCAAAAGCAUAGGCUACAACUACAAAUAUGCGGAUUCCGAUCAAGCUUCACAUGGCAUUCAUCUCAUCCGUUGAGGCACUCGCUCGUUUUAGACAUCCAUCAUAAAGGAGUAGUGAAAGAAGCCCAUACCCUCACUACACACAGCCUACCAUCUUCAUACGGGAUUUUACUGCAGGUGUUGACCUAAUA